UUGCGUGGAUUUAGUCACUCUUUAGUUGCCCCACGCCACUAAUUUAAGCACAGAAUCAUGGCAGAGGGCUAUACUGGAGCCGCCGCCUGGCUGCAGAUACAAAGUCUGUUGAACAGCAUAAAUCAUAUGCUGAUUUUCUUGGUGGCCACCUUUUUCUUUGUGCUGGCCCGCAGCCUGGACUUCAAGGACACGGCAAUGCAUAUGUUUCUGACCGGCAUUGGUUUCCACGUCCUAAUCGGCCAGGCCAUGAUGUCACACUACAAGGUUAAUCCCAUUACCCGCUGGCUGUCGCACCGCAACAAGUCGCGUUUCCACGGCAUUCUGCAAAUCAUCGGCGGCUCCAUGGUCCUCCUGGGGGGACUGGGCAAGUUCUCCAGCAAGGAGGUUCACUUCAACACCUGGCAUGGGUGCGUGGGCGCCACUGCUAGCUUCUUCUGCGCAGCCAGUAUUGUGGGUGGUCUGGCCAACUAUUUCCAGCCAAAGUUGGCCCUCAAGUUGUACCCCCCCUCGGAGCUGCGUUUCCGCCAUAAUCUGUUCGGCCUGGUCACCUAUACGCUAGGCAUGGGCGCCAUCUACCUGGGAUACUACUCGAAGUUCUUCACGAAACAUGUGGACAACGAUUUUAUUCCCGGCUUGAUGCUGGUCACAUCGUUGGUCUAUGUAUUGACUAUCAUCUCGCCCGUUUCAUCGCUCUUGAGCAAGCUGAAGUAUAGGCAGAAGAAAAAACAGGAGCAGGCCAAGUAAAAAAAGCCAGCCACAUCUGCCGAGGACAAAAGGUAAGGCUACGGAGGCUAUUCAGGGGGAAACUUAGUACAAAAUAAAGCGCUUGGCUCACUGCCAAUAAAUAAACUUUGCCCGCAUCUCUAAUUGGAUAUGCAGACACCAAAAAAGGCCAGGCAUAUUAU